AUGGUGACUUCAAUUUCAGCGAUAGUCGUCAGCGGUUUACCAACGCUGAAUGUCAGCGACGUCAUAGCCAAUUGGAAAAUCGAGCAAAAAAUCGGCGAAGGUGGUUUCGGUGCAGUGUUCAAGGUUUCUGACACCACUUCAGCUACAUAUGCCACCUAUGCGCUGAAAAGUGAACCAGUUCACUGUCCGACAAAAGUGCUCAAGAUGGAAGUUGUUGUUUUAAGGGCAUUGCAAAAGGCUCACGCCACUCAUUGUUGCAAUAUACUCGAUUCUGGUCGAGCGCUUGGCUUCAACUUCAUUGUCAUGACGCUCGAGCUUCGUAAGAGUAAUAAGUUAAAGGAAAAUUGCUUCACUAUGGGAUGCGCUUUAUCGAUCGGAAUUCAGACUUUAGAAGCCGUUCAAGAGCUGCACAACGUUGGUUAUCUCCACAGAGAUCUAAAGCCGGCGAAUUUUGCCAUAAAGAUCGAGGACGUUCGACAAAUCCUCGUGUUGGAUUUCGGAAUGUGUCGACGUUACAUCGACGAUCAGAACGUUGUACGGAAGCCUCGAUGGUCGUCUGGAUUUCGAGGGACGCAGCGGUAA